ACUCUGAAUGUUUUCAUUUGAGUUCUACUUUUGGAAUACCUACUCCCUUAUUUAAAAUGUAAUUAUAGAUAUUUUCUAAAUAUGAUGAGUCGAAUUUGUUUAAUGCUGAAACGGAACUUACCUCUAAAUUUCCUCCUUUUAAAUUUUUUGGUGGUAUUAUCUCAUGGAAUAUUUAUAAAUCACCGGAAUCUACCACUUAAUUCCAUUUCAUAUAUCGAAUAUAACAUCGCAUUUGUCUCUCCUUCACGCAACACUUUAUCCUUUGACAAACACCAAGAUUCCAAAAGUGAUUCUUUUCAUGUUCAUCCAGAAUUUAAAGGGCGUUUGGAUCAAAAUACAAGAUUUAAUGCUCUUAAUUCUAGAACGAGCGAGAAUAGCGAAGGAUUCGUUGAUUAUUAUAAAAUAUUAUCACUUGAUAAGAAUUGUACACUUAAUGACAUUGAAGAACGAUAUAGGUCAAUAAAGAAAUCUCUAAACUCACUUCCAAGUAUUGAUAGCAAGUUAAAAAAUGCUAUAGAUACCGCUUAUAAUGUAUUAUCCAAUAAUGAGUCAAGACUUAAGUAUGAUAAUACUUAUGGAAACCAUAACUUCACUCAUUUUCAUGGCGCAGAGGCGAUUAUAAAUGACGAUCAUAACAAUUCAUCUGAGAUUCUUGAAUCUGACGAUGAGGUUGAGAUAUCCAUUAUUGAUGAUGAGGAUGAUUCGCCAGAAAACAAUACCGGAUUCGGUGGAUUUUUCAGCAAUUUGUUUGGUUUAAAUAAGAAAAAGAGUACAAAAGGGCAAAAGAGAAAGAUUAAGAAUCUUGCAAAUGGAAAGCUUGAUAUAUCUUGUACGGCCAAUAUCGAUUUAAAGACACUUGUUUUUGGUGGAACUAUCGAAUUGAGUGUAGAUAAAUUUACCGAUUGCGAUGCCUGCAAUGCAAGCGAUCAUAGUACAAAAACAUAUAUUGAUACAUGUACCGAAUGUAAAGGUCGUGGGAUGAUAACAAAGGGUAAAAAAACGCAAUUUGGUUUUAUUAGCACGUCAAGGACAUGUCAUACAUGUUCUGGCUCAGGAGUUUAUAGAAGCAGAGACUGUUUAGAAUGCGGAAACAGAGGUAGUACUUUUAAAACUACGACAAUAAAGGUUCAUGUACCAAAAGAAUCAAAACCGGAUCAGAUUAUUAGACUGAGAGGUAAAGGGCAUUCUGGAGGAUUUUCAACAAAUAGUGGAGACUUAUUCGUGAAGCUAUGCAUAAAAUCCGGCAAUAACGAGUAUAUGGAAGGAGAUUCCAUAGUUACAAAUCACAAGAUUUCCUACUUGAAAGCAAUACUUGGAUACGAAACAAAGGUACCGACAUUUAAUGGAGAUGUUACUGUCAAAAUACCAAAGGGGUCUCAACCUGGAGAUAAAAUAUUUGUUGGUACGUACAAUUCAAUGAAGCACUUUGUGAAACUUUUGGUACACUUACCCGCUGAACCAUCGCAAAAGGAACUGGAGCUAUUAAAGCAAUUGGACAAUUUGUAAUCUUUUAAAUUCACCAUCCUAAUUUGUACUUAUAUUUUCG